AUGGAUGAAGUACCUGGAAGGACGAACCGAUUGUCGGCGGCCAUGCACCAUGGACAGGAAAACCCACUCAGCCGAGGCCUGUUGUAUUGUGACAUACACGCUGGAAAAUUAAUCGAAUACUUCUGUCCGACCCACCAGACUCUUAGCUGCGGACAUUGUACUGCUCUUGGUCUAGAAUCAUGCGAACAGCAGCUAAUUUCUGAAAUUGCUGAAACCUUCCAAGUGGGUCAGAGGUUUCAAGACAUCAAACAAGGACUUGCCCAGUUCCUGACAGACAUCGAUGCCUGUGCUUCUAAUGUUAAUGAAAGUAUUGAAAUUGUAGAAAGUCUUAGUGAAAAGGAGAUUUCUAAGCUAAGAAAAUUUCGGGACCAGGUUAACAAAUACUUUGAUGAAUCCGAAAAGGCUCUUCUUAAAACAAUUGCCGAAAUGAAAAACAUGGAUAAAACACUAUUGGGCUCCGUCAUACCAAAAUGUAACAACCUUACGAUCGAGGUCAGUGAAAUCAGAACGAAUCUAGAAGCCCUGGAAAACAACGCCAGCCAGUUGUUCAUUGGGGUCCAGAACGCAUGCAGAAUUCUCGAGCGAUUAAAAUCAACUCUGGCGAAGAUUAACGAUGAAAAGAUCAUUCACCUGUAUACAUUUAUGGAGGACCCUAAAAUUAAGGGCUGGCUGGCUUCCUCAACUGGCAUUGGUACUAUUGAAGAUAUGGGUACUACGAAAGCUUUAGUUGCAGCUCCUCCAACCCCUGAUAACCUUCCAUUCGACAGUGAAGAAUUCAUGGCGACCAACAUGCGCCUCCUGUUCAAUGAUGACUUGACCAACCUAAGGUUCACUCCAGCUCCUUCAAUCCCCGUCAAUCCUCCAUCAGACACUGUUGACUGCUUGCUGACCAGCAUGCUUCUCCUGUCUGAGGACAGACUGCUACUGGCUGAUCGUACGAACAACACAGUGAUGCUUGUGGAUCCGAAUUCUAACAGCCUGGUGUCCCAGGUCAACGUGCCAGAUCCAUGGGACAUGUGCCUCCUCCCUGGAGGCAGGGUAGCUGUAACAUCCGUUAUUGGUAGAAUAUAUUUCCUCGAGACCCAUGGACACUUAUCCCUGGAGAACAGCAUCAAGGUGGAUGAAAACUGUCGUGGUAUUGGUUACCAUAAUGAUAGCUUAAUUGUCUCAUACAGUACCGGAAAGCUGAAGAAGUUGGACAUGGACGGGAACGUGCUGAGGCAAGUUUCAAACAGAUGGCUUAGCAACCAAUUUCAAUAUCCAUGGUGCCUGGCUGUGGUAAAUGAAGCAAUCAUUUAUGUUUCAGACUACGAAAAACACAUAAUUACGGGGCUUGAUAUAGACCUAAACAUCCUCGAGACAUUCAGAAGCCCUGCGCUGAAUGCACCAGCAGGCAUCACAGCGAUUGGAAACCAGCUUCUCGUCUGUGGUUUAUAUAGUAACAACAUUUUAUGCCUGGACCUGCCAAGUGGCAAGAUGACCCAACUACUAGGGAAGAGGGAAGAAAUAUUGAAGCCACUGAGUGUCUGCUACAGUCAGCACCAGAAAAAAAUCAUUGAGACCACAAUCAACUCAAGGGCUGGAGCUCCAGGCUCAGUUGUUAUAAAGGGAGAAGAAAAUAACAUGGAUGACACAGAAGCUACAAAGAAUAAAGUCGAUGGAAGGAUACUCGAGGCAGAUGCCUCUGUCCUGGAUUCGACAUAUUGCCAGCCCUGCUCCCAGGAUGGGGAGACCCUCCCAGCCAAGGCCUACUGCACUUCCUGCAAGGAGUUCAUGUGCUCCAACUGCACAAAUGUACACAGGAAACAACGUGUAUCAAAGUCCCAUACACUUCUUGACGGAACCAGUAUGCCCACUACCAUGAUGGGCUUUGCCACCAAAGAAGAGAGCACAGAAUCCUAUGACAAGCACCCUGACGGAAACAGUAUGCCCACUACCAUGAUGGGCUUUGCCACCAAAGAAGAGAGCACAGAAUCCUGUGACAAGCACCCUGGAGAAAUCAUUAAAUAUUUCUGCCCGACCCACCAGUCUCUUAACUGCGGCCAUUGUUUAGUUCUUGGUAAAAUAUCCUGCAAACAGGAGAUAAUUUCUGAAAUUGCUCAGGACUUCAAAGACAGUCAGGAGUUUAAAGACAUUAAACAGGGUCUUACCAAGUUACUAGAAGACAUUGAUGCAUGUGCUUCUGAUGUUGAAGAAUUAAUCAAGUUUGUAGAAAAUCUAAAUAUAAGUGAGAUUUCUAAGCUACGGGAAUAUCGAGAGCAGGUCGUCAAAUAUUUUGAUGAACGCGAACAAGCUCUCAAUAAAACCAUUGACGAGAUUAAAAAGAAGGAUAAAACACUCCUGGACUCCCUGAAACCAAGAUGUGACAACCUUGAGACCAAGGUUCACGAAAUCAAAUCAAAACUAGAAGCACAAGAACACAACACCAGCAAGUUAUUUAUAGAGGCACAGAGAGUCAAGCACUCGCUGAAGAAAUUGCAAUCAACGCUGGCCGAGAUUAACAAUGCGAAGAUUCAUCACCAGUAUAAUUUGAAGAAGGACCCUGUAACUGACGGGUUGUUGGCAUCGAAGACUGGCCUGGGUACUAUCGAAGAGACAAUAUAUUGCAGAGAAAUGCAGAUUUUAAACACUGAUCAAAUGCCCAUUGUCAACAUGACCGACCCAAUUCCAGCCCCAGACAUUCCUGAAAGUUCUUCAUUAAACUGCGAUGGUUGCGAUUGUUGCAGCGAGAUCCGCAUACUCCCUCUGUCCGAUGAUGACAUGACCGGUCGAAAGUUCACUCCAUCCCAAGACAUCCCUGUCAGGUCACCAUAUGACACUGAUGACUGCUUGGUGACCAGCAUGCUUCUCCUGUCUGAAGACAGACUGCUACUGACUGACCGUAAGAACAACACAGUAAAGCUUGUGGACACGAAUACUAGCAGUCUGGUGUCCCAGGUCCAGGUACCAGCUCCAUGGGGCAUGUGCCUCCUCCCUGGAGGCAGGGUAGCUGUUACUUCUGUUUUUGGAAGAAUACAGUUGCUGGAGACACAGGGGGAAUUUACCCUUGGGAACAGCAUCAACGUGGAUCAAGACUGUCGAGGUAUUGGUUACCAUAACGAUAGCUUAAUUGUCUCAUUCAGUACCGGAAUGGUGAAGAAGAUGAACAUGGACGGGAAAGCGUUGAAGAAGGUGUCAAACAAAUGGUUUAGCAACCAAUUUCAAUAUCCUUGGUGCCUGACAAAGGUAAAUGAAGGCCAGGCAGCAGUCUUCUAUGUUUCCGACUAUGAGAAACACACAAUUACCAGUCUAGAUAUUGACCUGAACAUCCUCCAGACAUUCAAGAACUCUGCGCUGAAUGCACCAACAGGCAUUACUGCGGUUGGAAACCAGCUACUCGUCUGUGGUUUAUAUAGUAACAACAUUAUGUGCCUGCACCUGCCUAGUGGCCAGAUGACCAAACUACUGGGGAAGGGGGAUGGAAUAUGGAAGCCAUACAGUGUCUGCUACAGUCAACAGCAGAAAAAGUUGUAUGUUACCCACCACAACAAGGGAAUCAAUGCUAACAAUGUUGUAAAGGUGUAUACAACGAGAUAAACGUUUCAACAGAUAUAUAUUCUUUGA